CAGACCUGAACUAGAAAACGAAAGUAGGUGAGGCGAGAAGAAACUGCAGGAUUUUCUAUUACCUGUGUCCGGAGUUGGGUAGAUAAUGAAAUAAAAUGUCACACAUGAUGGACAAGUCCACUGAGAACCCCAGCAAGAAGAACGGCAUGAUUGCGAAGCUUACAAGCUUCCGGCGUGCAACAUGGAAGAAUACGUCACUUGGUGGCAAGAAAUUCAAAUUGCAUGCACCCGCAAAGAACUCAGACUCUGCGGCUUCACCACAACCUCCGUCACCCAGUCUGAAUGCUGGCUCUGCAUCCACCUCUCCGAAGAGCAACCAGGAAAAAGAGGAUGAUGAGUCAGAUGUCUCUCCUCACAAAUCCAGACCACUGACACGAUCAAACACAGAUCCCACUACGUCCACUUUUGAUAAUACUGUUAAGAGAGUGAGAGAAUCUUUUUACUUUAGAUGGAAAAAGGACGAGGAUAAACCCCCCUCGAUCGAGGAAAAAGAUCCCAAUAAUACUGUUAAGAGAGAGUUUUCUUUUAGACGGAAAGGACACGAGGAUAGGCGCUCCUCAAUGGAAGUGAAACCUACGUUUGAGGAAUACCUUGAAAGGCAAGCCUUUUGUGAGGCCACUCAGCAACUGAUAGACAGGGAGAAACAUCUGUUUUGGGAGACAGCUGAGGCUGAGGCUAACAAGGAAGCGGUAGAAAAGCUUGCUGCAGACCAUAAAGCCCUUGAACAGCAUGUAUGGCAGAUUCUACAGCAGAGUCUUUCUCUCAGCACUGAGGAAGAGGUGUCUGCUUUGGCAUCUGCGGUGAAAGCCAUCAACCUUGAGGAAGAGCAGGACCAGCUGUGGAGACAAAAUCCUCAAACUCCACCAGCCUGGAGGCCCAGCGAGUGGAAGAAACACCAUGAUGAAGUGCUUCAAAAAUUAGUAAAUGGGCGUAUGGAUAAUCCAUCAAGCCCCAUCGGUGAUCAGGUGAACCAGUCAUCUAUAGAGGCAGAGAUCCAGUCCAUGGGCAGGCAGCUGAAGGAGGACCUGCAGUGGGUGGUGGAGGUUGUGAAGAACUGCUACCCACCAGAGAUGGACAUCUGUAACUUUUAUGCAAGACAGUACCAUCAAACUUUCAGCGCAAGACUCAAAAAGAUUGUGGGUUCUGUGGAUGACAAGGACUGCAGCUUCCUCCUGCGAUGGGUGAAGGAGUUUUAUCCAGGAAUCCUUGAAAAACCUGAGCUGGCCAGUAAUAUCAAUACUGAAGCGCUGGGAAAGCUGCUUCCUGACGAGUUACUGAAACCUCUGGAGGAGCAGUACCUCAGCAAACAACAGAAGGACCUGAUGAUUUAUAUUGGCCGAGUAUUGGAUGAAGCAAAGAAAGAGUGGGAUCAAGGAAAGGAGCCGACAAGAGAUGAUGGUUGCUACGUCAGUCCUGUGGCCUAUGAUGUCAUCCAGUUGAUCAACGGCAUCGUGACAUCAGCACAUAUAACUGUAAGAGACCCGCACAAGGCCCAGGAAAUAACAUCCAACCUGACUGACUUCAUGCAGAGGUAUCAAACUUUUCAUGAAGACGUCAUUAAGCAAAACAAGCCACACAGCAAAGCUUUCAUAAAGGCAAACCUCAGCUGUGUCGAACAGUUCAGGGACUUCCUUGUGGAGCACAAUCUGUUCCCAGAGGAUGUGCGGGAAAACUGUUUGCAGGUCCUGACUGAGAUGAAACAGUCUGCCCACACUUAUUUAUUAACCCCUGUGCACAAGAUCCUCAAACCACACUACCAGAAACUGGGAACCAGUGACUGGCUGAAGAAGAACACGUUUGAGAAGCUGCUGAACAGCACUGAAGACGAGCUUCAGGAACUUCAGGGUUCGAGUCAGUCCUCUUACCAGGAGCUGAUUGGUCAGCUUCAGCAGGAAGUGACAGUGGAAUAUGUCCGAAGGCUCCUGAAAGGAAAAGUCAAAUUAAAGAACACCAAAAAGCAGCAGAAGGCUUACAAGAUUGUGAGAGAAAAUGCAGAGAAACUCCACGAGCUGUUUGCCAGAAUGGGAUCCGAACAAGACUGGUUAAAGGAAAUCCUGACCAACAUCGCAGAAGUGCUAAGACUCCAAGAUAUUCCUGCCAUACAGAUGCAAAUCGUUUCACUGGGAUCUGCUUAUCCCGACCUCAGUGAAGAACAUGUUUCGGCUCUGCUCAAACUCAAAACAAACCUCUCCCAAGCCGACAUGAAUACCAUCACAUCCACUGUGCUGGACACACUAAAAGAAAGCUAUACUGGUGGUGAAACCCGGAGGUUUUUCUCCAAUGUUGUAAUGAUGAGCCCUUCAUUUCCAACAUGUAUUACAUCAUGCAGUGGAUAAGAUGAGUUGAAUUCCAGUGCUUUCAGUCUGUCAGUAAGGAUGUACAAAGUGGCUGCCAUGGGCAAGCCUGAUUCUAAUGUUACAGGUACAAUAACAAACAUCACACUGUGUGUGACCACAUGUGACCAGAUUGCAGGAGAGAGUCUUUCCUCUCUCCAUUUUUGCAUUUUGUGUUGUAUUGUGAAAUGUGCCCUUUGCAUGAUGCUACAGUACUUUAGAAUUUAAAUGACUCUGUAUCUUUUAAUAUGUUAGAUUUGUCUCUAACAGACGAUGUCACGAUUUGUGAGGCAAAUCGUGUGGAGACAAGAGAUGUGGACCCAAACGCAGACAAAAUAGAUGCAGGAGAAUGUUUAAAUUGAAGACGAGCCUUUAUUAGCACUUGAAAAGCAACUAGUGAGGGGAACAGUCACUAGCGAGGGGUACUAACAAAACCUACACUGGGAGAAGCUAACAUGAAACCUGAAACAAAGAAUGAGGAAACCUGAAAACUGGCAACACAGGUAGAGGAAUGGAGGAAAAGAUGAACAGGGGAUGAUAUGCAGACGAGGAAAAGAGGUUAACACACUAAAUAUUCACAGAACGUGAAAGCAAAACACUGAAAACAGGACACAAGACUCGCCAAAGUAAAACAGAAAACAUGAGACAGUUCACAAUGAUCCAGACUACACACUAAGACAUGGAAACGAGACAGACCUGGGAACAGAGGAAACAGAAGCAGAGACCCUAUACUAAAUCUAUAUUAAACAUGAGGGUCACAGGAAACAAAAGCUAGAGGACAGGACAGUGACAGAUGAUAAUGAAACAUGAUAACACACUUGAGAAAUGUAUUCACAUCACAUCAAAAAGUCUGUCAGUUUUGCAGCAUUUGGCUGAAUAUGUAUCCAUGUACACCUCCGAAUCCCCCCUGCUGCUACUAUCAGCAGUCACAUCUAAAUCAACACCAGUGGUCGGGUUACACUGGCAGCCAGUUUUCAGACUUUUUGUUGUGUCUCAGGGGAAAUGAUAAUCAGCCUAAGUGUUGCUUUUUAUUUACUUAUUUAUCAUUUUUGAAAGAUCAUCACUUAUGUGUUAUUUGUUAUUCCAUUUUGUACAGUUAAACUUUCUCCUUAUUUCUUGUCUUAGAGGUGCAGGCUUCUCUCUUAAAACAUCGUCACCACGUGCUCUGCUUCACUUGGACGUAAACAUAGUUUUGUACACAGAGAAAUGGGGACGAGGAAAUGUGCAUGUUUGUUCCGGAUGCUUCUGAUUUACUAACAUAUGCACCGUGGUGACAAUAAAAUAGGCUGGCAUGCACGUUUCACAAAUGGGAUUUUGCGUUUGAUUUCUGCACAGGGUAAAAAUAUUUCCAGGCAAAUAUUAGUAAAUGAGGCCCAUUGUCUCCCCAUGUUUCACAGAUAAUGUGGUCGUGAAAUCGGUCACAUGCUCUCUCCUCCUGAUUUUCUCUUCCCAUGGUUCUGAUACAAGUUAAUCUUGGUUUCAUCUUUUGAAAUAUAAUUUUUCGAGAACUGUAUGUCUGUUAGAUGUUUUCUGGCAAAGUCUAAUCUGACCUUCUUGUUCUUCAGUGUAACCUCAUGUUUGCACCUUGUUGUAAACUCUGUGUAUUUACAAGACACAAGAUGAGAGUUUUAUGUCAUGGUGGACUCAGACACACAGGCUUUACACCUAAACAGCAUUGAUGACCCUGGAUAAUAAUAACUCUGCUGGAAGUGUUUCCUAGUCUUCUAUUACUGUAUUAGAUACUGCUGAAAUAAUAGAACCGACGUCUUGUAACAACAUGGAUAAAUAAUACUCUGAUGCACUGGAACAUUGUUUCACAUGUAACCUUAUAGCGAAGUUUUCAUUUUGAUAUUAUCUAUUAGUUUUUCUCAGUGUUGUAAAUAAUACUAUACUAUAAUAUAAGGUACUGCUUUUAAAAAAUGUACACAACCACUGAAAAAAGUCAGAAUUUCUGCAAUAAUUUAUGUUUGUUUCUUGGUUUAUGCAAGUUAGUAUAGAAUAAGUCUUUAUUUUUGUAUUUAUACAAGAAUAAAUAAUAAAUGGAAAUAUCGUGUUUACAGUGA